GCUGCUCUCCAGCCUCAGCAACUCAACACACAGCGGCCCGCCACCUUUCCUUGGAAGUGUGUAAAAACCAACUGCUGCUGCUCCUCUUCACACAUCGGAUCUAGCAUCAAGACAGGAAUGGCUUCCCUCAAGACACCGACUUUCUUCAUCAUCACCAUCAUCGUCAUUCUGCGUGAAGGUUGUGGACUGCCCGUCUCGGAGCGAGCGGAGCUGCCAGCUCAGACUCAGACUCAGCAUCCGCACCGCGUCAGGACCAAACGCUGCUCCUGCAACAACUGGGAGGACAAAGAGUGCAUCUACUUCUGCCACCUGGACAUCAUCUGGGUCAACACUCCAAAUAAACUCCUUCCCUACGGCCUUGGAAGUCCCCUGUCUCGUCGCAGGCGUUCGGCCGACCGGUGCGAAUGUCUCGAUCCAUCCGACGACGCCUGCCGUGGCUUCUGCGGUAAAAGCUCCAGUGAUGGCAGGCCUGAUACCGUGAGCACAGUGGAAGGAUCUGCAGGCACGAACAGGAACAAGCUCCUGGCCUCCCUCAGAUCUGUGGUCAAAACCAACACGGUGACAGCAAAGGACUUCCUGAGCAGGACGAGGAGGUAGAGGCCCAGAGGCAAGACGACUGUCUGAGAAAACUCCCAGAAUCCUCAGAGUCUUCAGACUGACUUCGGUUUCAGCACAGAGGAUCGGAAAUGUCUCCUCCCGUUGGCUUCGAAAGAUGCCGAGGUGGAACGCGCAAGACGCAAAAGCCGGUGGAUCAAGAACUGAAUCGAUGCGUCGGCGCUAGGAGCACGAAGCUAGGAUACCAAAGGAGGACCGGUCCAAACCAAGGACAUGGGAACUAAGACAUCCCUAAGCAGUGCUCUGAUUGUGAUGGAUAAAACGGGUGUGUCUUGUUUGCACCUCGAUGCAGAGAACUACAAGGUCUAUCAAUAUUUCAGUCACGUCCUGGGAAACGCUCGCCCAUGUUUAUUUAAACGUCCGCAAAACUUCUCGGUCUUUCGCUGACCUUUGGUCUUAUUUAAUAUUCCUCUGUAUCAGAGCUGCGAUCUGCCGUCCCACCUCAUGUUUACGAGGAGGGGGGGGCAAAUAAAUAGCAAAUAGCUUUUUAAUGAGCGGGCAGUACUUGAAAAGGAUCUCUCUUGGCACUUGCUCCUGCAGCAACAUGAAGGUCGUUUCUUUGGGAUUUCUCUAACAAACAAUACGCCUUAUAUAUACUCCAUUGUCAGCUCCUGCACACACACACACACACACACACACACACACAGACACACACAGACACACACACACAGACGACAGUAACACAGUGGGUGUAUUGUGUUGGCCCCAGUGUUUAUUGCAUAGCUUCUGUUUAAUGUUUUGAUUGAAGAUAAGCCAGAAGGUUUCAAUGAUGUGCAGCUUGCCAAAAAAA